AUGCGGCGCCACGGUCAGACUGAAAAUCUUGAGCCUUCUCACGAAAAGACUCCCGAGCGAGACAACGACAACGGGGGCUCCCCAAGCUCUCCAAGAAGAUCUUCUUCCACGACAGUUGAGGAAGGGAAUCAGACCCAGAAUGACCUUCAGAACGACCUCGAUGAUCGAAAGGUUGACCCGGAGAAGGGAAAGGACCUCUACAUAGUCGACUGCGUCUACAUCGGCAGCGCCAUAUAUUCCGCCGGCACUCAGGACGUAAUGAGAGUCUUCGGCGUCUCCCAGGUCGCCGCAACCCUCGGCCUCACCCUGUUCGUCGCAGGCUACGCUGUCGGCCCAAUGGUCUGGGCGCCGCUGUCAGAAAUCCCACAAAUAGGCCGCAACCCCGUGUACAUCCUGACCCUGCUGGUCUUCGUGGUCCUGCAGGUCCCAACCGCGCUGGCCGUCAAUUUUGGCAUGCUGCUCGCCUUCCGCUUCAUCACCGGCUUCAUCGGCAGCCCUGCGCUCGCGACCGGCGGCGCCAGCAUCGGCGAUAUGUACACGCCGUCGAAGCGGACGUACGGGCUCGCCGUCUGGGGCAUCGGCGCCGUGUGCGGGCCGACGCUCGGCCCGCUUGUCGGCGGCUUCGCGGUUCAGGCCAGGUCGUGGAACUGGGCCAUCUGGGAGCUCAUGUGGCUGUCUGGAUUCUGUCUGCUGGUGCUGGUGUUCCUCCUCCCCGAGACGUCGACCGCGAACAUCCUCUAUCGCCGCACGCAGCGCCUGCGCAAGCUCACGGGCAAUGAGAAGCUCAUUUCUGAGGCGGAGCUGGCUGCGCAGGACAUGACGAGCAGGGACGUCCUGUCCAUGACGCUUGUGCGGCCGUUCAGUCUGCUCUUCACUGAGCCGAUUGUGUUUGCGCUGGACCUGUACAUCGCGUUGAUAUACGGGUUGCUCUACAUCUGGUUCGAGUCAUUUCCAAUUGUGUUCGAGGGGAUAUAUCAUUUCUCCCUCGGCACGCUGGGACUCGCGUACCUGGGCAUCCUCAUUGGCACCUUCCUCGUGUUGCCUCCUCUCGUGUGGUACCAACAUAAAUACAUCGAACCCAAGUUCAACGAAAAGGGCGAGAUCACUCCAGAGUGGCGCCUUACGCCGGCCUUUGUCGGCGCGUUUGCCAUCCCGAUCUGCCUUUUCUGGUUCGGCUGGACAAGCCGGGCAGACGUCCACUGGAUUGUGCCCAUCAUCGGUACUGCCUGGUUCAGUGUGGGUACGUUCCUGCUCUUCAACGCCGUUCUCAACUACCUGUCAGAUGCGUACCCCGCCUAUGCCGCGAGCGUCCUGGCAGGAAACGAUUUCUUUCGGGGGUGUUUGGGUGCUGGCUUCCCGUUGUUUGCGUCCGCCAUGUACGAGAGAUUGGGAGUCAAUUGGGCGAAUUCGACCUUGGGAUUCAUCAGCAUAGCGUUCAUACCCAUUCCGUUUGUGUUGUUCAAGUAUGGCCAUUGGAUAAGGAUGAAGAGCAAGCAUGCAAGGCAUGACCUGUAA